GCGAAACUUUGACAUCUAUUUAUAUCAAAAUACAUGGCGUCACAAGUAGGCUUCAAUUCUUUCAUUCUAGAGUUAACAGCUCUUUGAAUAAAACAAUUCUUUCAUAAAUCACUUUCAUCUUUAACAAGUCCCUGUAAAAGAGUGGUUAAACAAGACUAGUAGUCAGCAAAGAUAAAUUUACUAUCAAUUAUAGAUUAAUCAAAACAUUAUGUGCUAAAUUGGUUAGUCAAUCGAAAUGCAUUUAAUAUGAAGUUAAGUAGCCGGGGAACAGCCACUCUCACAAAAUUUCAUAAUAAAUCUAUUUCUAUUGACUUACCUUUACCGCGUUUACACAUCCGUAUUUUAUAUGCCUGGAUUAACAGUAUGUAUACGCUAUAUAUAGUAUACAUUUAAAUAUAAUUGAUUAUUUAUGUAUAUGGUUGUGUAUAUGUUAGACACGCUCGUAUUUCCGGUAUAUGUAACUACAUUUCUAAUAUAUUUUUGGAAUUGUAAUCUAUUCAUUAAAAAAUGGCGAAAAUGCAGUUCGACGAUAAUAAGAAACAAAAUGUGAUUUCAGUAUUAUUUUCUCUGGAAUAUAUGGUCGAUGGAAUAAGUAAGUUUACAGACGAUGAAUUCAAACAGCAUCAUAUUAGACUCGUGAACAGGCUACAUCAUUUGAAUCAACCUUGUACAGGUACAGUGUCGUGCAGUAUACUGUUUAAAGAUGAACAAAACUGGUGCCGCACGUGUUCAGGAUGGAGGACAACGAUACUCUGUUCGCAUAAAAAUAGGUCUGUGAUAGGAAGACAAGGAUAUGAUUGGUCUAAGAUAAAUUCUUCAAAAUGGCCAACAGAUUCAAAAGAAGUUGAAAAAUGCUACAACCCUAAUUGGUGUAAUAGUUUGAAAGGUGCAAAUCCAAAUCCCGACGAUGUUUCUGUUCUGAUCGGGAAACUAAUAAAUUGCAACGAUGUACGUGCGUUAUUACAAAACUCUAAAGUAGAUCCAGACAGAAUAAGACGGAUCCGUAACAAAAUUGUUCAUAAUGUAAGGGAUGUAACAAAAGUAGAAAAAGAACAAUACUGCCAAGAUAUGCUUGAUUUGCUACAAACUCCCUGCGUUUGGUCGUAUAAAGAGGCGAAAGAUGCUUAUGUUAAAAUUAAGAUAUUUAAAGAAAAAAAUUAUAUCGACAUAAUAAAAGACAAAAUCAUCGAAGAACAUGAAAUAAACACAAUGGAGGAUAGGAUAUCAUCGCGUGGAUUAUCAUGUUACAAUAUUUCAAUAGCGAUGGUGGUAUCAGUUUUGGUAUUAGUUUUAGCCAUUCUAAUACCAGUGGUUUAUCUCGGCUUCCAAGAACUAGCAAAAACUCAGUACCACAUAUAUCUUGUUACUUUUAUGGAAAAAUUACUUUUUGGAAAUAGACUAGAAGAGACGAUAGCAUGUGACAAUACUUCCCUGGUUACACGAAAUGAAUGGGCUGCUAGGCUUCCACGGAAAACAGAGCUGCUAUCGAACCCUGUAAUGAAUGUCUUCAUACAUAACACAGCAGGACAUCAUUGUGAACAUCAGACGGAAUGUGCACAGACUGCCAGAGUUAUUCAAAAUUUUCAUAUGGACGGAAACAAUUGGGAUGAUAUUGCGUAUAAUUUCUUGAUCGGAGAAGAUGGACGAGUAUACGAAGGUAGAGGAUGGAAUAAAGUAGGCGCUCAUACUUUAGGAUGGAACGAAAAUUCAAUAGCUUUUGCUUUUAUGGGAAAUUUUAAUGACAGAAAACCGAAACCGAUUGCGUUGGAGGCAUUGCGGAAUAUAAUCUCUUGUGGAAUCAAAGACGGUAAAAUAUCUCCACAUUACACGCUUUAUGGACACAGGGAUAAGCGUCCAACAGAUAGUCCAGGGAACUAUCUUUACGCUGAAAUUAGACAUUUUAAACAUUUUCAUCAUAAACCAGAGAAGCAUAAACAAUGAAAAUGCACACAUUAGAAUAUUACGGAUGAACAUUAAGAUUUUAGUUUCUUAAGAAACAAUGCGAAAUGCAAAAAGAACAUGACUUAUUUUGGUAGACUGAAUCUUUGUUUAUUUAGUCAUAUUAAUACAAGAAACUGGUCUUUAGUAAAACUAUUAUUAACCUUCA